AUGGGCAGCAGCCGGGACUACGGCGAGAUGAUCGGCCCGGUAUCCCCCCUCUCGCAGGCUCUCCACAUGGCCCUGGCGUUCGUCGUGCUGGUGCUCGUGGCGAUCGCGAAGGCCGACGACGUCACCGCGGUGCGCGCUACGCCGUACGCCAAGGGCGCGAGUUACAGCUGCAGCGGCAGUAACAGCGGUAGCUCCGGAGCCCCAGGCUCCACGCCGGCGAGAAGGAAAGGGUCCAGGACCGGCGGCGGCAGCGGCAGCGUGGACUCUUCCCAACGGAGCUCUGGAUCGGGACCGGUGAAGCGAAGAAGAAUCGCCAGCAGCAGCGGCAAGGAAAAAAUUGGGCGCCGCCGCGGGGGCGGGGUGUUGUCGGCGCCGGUCGUGCGCCACCUCCGGGCGGCGUGGUCCUCGCUCUGGCACGCCGUCGAGGACGACCUGGCCACCCGGUGGCGCGCCGCGGGCCGGGUUCUCACGCGCCUCCGCCAGGCGUGGUCGGCCCUCUGGGUGCCCCCGCCGCACGCCGAGGCGGACAUCCUGGCCGGCGCCCUGGCGUCGCCGCCGCGCUACCCCCACGGAGCCGCGGGUCGUCGGCGCAGGACAGCCGCAGGCGGGGGUGGCGGCGGCGGUGGCGGGAGCGGCGUCGGGAGCGUCGGCAAUGGCGGCGGGGGUUCCGAGAGGCGCCAGCGAAGAUCCGGGGGGCGCACGAGCGGCAGCCGCGGCGGACGGGGCGCACUCGGCGCGACAGACGGCAGCAGCCCGAGCGAGAAGGGCUUGCACCUCGGGCGGCCAGUGGGCCUGAACUGCCUCAACUUUCUGAGCCUGUGCGGGUACCGCCCCGGCGGGGGCAAGGGCUCGCGGCAGCCCAAGUUCCUGCUCCUGCUCGACCUCGACGAGACCCUGGUCCACUGCUCUCCGCACCUGAUGCAACCGCCGAGGAGGCACGGCGGCGGCGGCGGCGGCGGCGGGGGCCGCGGCCGGGGGGCGCCGCGGCCGGACCUGAAGCUCGAGAUGAGGGGUAGGGCGCCCUCGGACAACCGGCCGUCGUGCAUGAACGCGUGGAAGCGCCCGCACCUGGACGUAUUUCUCGGAGUGGUUAGCAGGUGGUACGAGGUCGCCGUCUUCACGUCAGGGCGGCAGUGCUUUGCGGAGCCGCUCAUCGACCUCAUCGACUCACGAUGUGUUAUCGGCAAGCGCUUCUACCGAGACAGCUGCGUCCGCCGCGACGGGGCCGCCCCGCCCGACACCGGACGGACGGCGCGCGGCGCUACCGGGGUGCCUACGGCGACGGCGGAGGCGGGGGCUCCGCCCAAGUCCUCGGAGAGCGUUAAGGAUCUCCAGGUUGUGGGUUCGGAGCACUUCCCACUCCGCACCGUGCUCGUGGACAACCAGCCGCGGACGGUGGUGCAGCAGGCCAACGUCCUCCCCGUCAAGUCGUGGUUUCCGAGGGACACGGAGGACCGACAGCUGCUGGACCUCCUCCCGGUGCUGCUGGCGCUGACGUCGUGCCAGGAUGUGCGCUCGGUGCUGAGCUUGAGGCCCGGGGUGGGGGUUGGGGGGGGCGGCGGGGCGGUGUGCUCCGGAUGA